GGAGCCCAGGAUACGACUCUACGAAAGCCGUUCAUCCUUUGAAGUUUGAGCUGCUAUCCAGCGGCAGAGAGCUCAGGCAAAACGAAAAUGGCGGCCGCCAUAUCCGCAUCCUUCUUCUCUCCUCAAGCUCUAGCUCGCUCCAGAACAGGAACCCCUAGCCGCGGCAACUCAACGAACAGGAAUUCCUCCAAGAACGCCAACUUCAAUCGCACUUCCAAAUUGAAGCCUCAGAGGUCCACUUACAAGUCCCCUCCCGAACCGGUAUCCACUUCUGGCACCGGCGGCGACGCCACCACCUACACUUGCCUUCCCGUCCGGGAAGACUUCUCCCUCCCUUCCUUCGCUUCCGCUCCAUAUUCCGCCGCGGAGGUUCGCCUCUCCGAUUUAGGCGCGGCGGAGAAUCGUAAGGAGAGCGGCGGAAUUCGCAGUUCAAGCAAAGUAGAAGAAGAGAUUGAAGAAGUAGAGGAAGAAGGAGCGGCGGAGAAUCGUAAGGAGAGCGGCGGAAUUCGCAGUUCAAGCAAGGUAGAGGAGGCUGAAGAAGAGGAAGAGGAGGAAGAAGGCGUCGAUUACAGCCGGUAUGAAUUGUACGAGGUCGGCUCCGAUGGGGAAGAAGGCGAGGAUGAUUACGAUUGCGACAGUGGCGAUGAGGAGGAAGAGGAGAUAGAUGGAAGCGACGGUCGAACCUACCAGGUGUUGGAGCAAUUCGCCAGCGGAGACGGAACUCUGGACGAUUCUGAUGCGGAGGAGGAAGAAGAAGAAGGAGAUGAAAGCGAUAGCUCCGCCGGUCGAUCGUACCAGGUGUUGGAGGAGUUCGCCGGCGGAGGCGGGAGAACGUUGAAGGAUGGUUUCAAUUUGGAUGAGAACGAGGAAGAAGAUGACGUUAAGGAGAAGGGAGUACCGGCGGUGAUGCGGUGCUUCGACAGGGCUAAAGUUUUCGUGAAAGCCGGAGACGGUGGCAACGGCGUGGUGGCUUUCCGCCGUGAGAAAUUCGUGCCGUUGGGAGGUCCGUCGGGAGGGGACGGAGGAAGAGGAGGCAAUAUCUACUUAGAAGUGGACGGUUCCAUGAACUCGCUGUUGCCGUUUCGAAACAAGAUCCAUUUCAGGGCCGGGAGAGGUUCACACGGGCAAGGAUCAAUGAUGAAUGGGGCUAAAGGAGAAGACGUGGUGGUGAAGGUAGCUCCAGGGACUGUGGUUCGAGAAGCCGGACGAGACGAAGUUCUGCUGGAGCUCUUGUAUCCUGGCCAACGGGCUCUGCUGUUGCCUGGUGGGAGAGGUGGGAGAGGGAAUACUGCAUUUAAGUGUGGGAGCAACAAGGUACCCAGGAUUGCAGAGAAUGGAGAAGAAGGCACUGAAAUGUGGAUAGAGCUGGAGCUAAAACUGGUUGCAGAUGUGGGAAUAGUUGGUGCACCAAAUGCUGGGAAAAGCACGCUAUUAAGCGUGGUUAGUGCAGCACAACCAGCAAUAGCAAACUACCCUUUCACAACAUUACUUCCGAAUCUCGGUGUGGUUUCAUUCGAUUAUGAUUCCACCAUGGUGGUGGCAGACCUUCCAGGUUUGCUUGAAGGAGCACACAGAGGUUUCGGCUUAGGGCACGAAUUCCUGCGGCACACUGAAAGAUGUUCUGCGCUGAUACACGUUGUUGAUGGGUCGUUACCGCAGCCAGAUCUCGAGUUUGAGGCCGUACGUCUUGAGCUGGAAAUGUUUAGUCCUGAAAUUGAAGAGAAGCCAUUUAUUGUUGCCUAUAACAAAAUGGACCUUCCAGAAGCUUAUGAGAAUUGGCCCACUUUCAGAAAACAGCUACAAGCUCGUGGGAUUGAGCCAUUUUGCAUGAGUGCUGUGACCAGAGAGGGAACUCGUGAAGUGAUCUCUGCUGCUUACGAGCUUCUACAGAAGAAUAAAAAAACUGAAACGGAGUUUGAAGGUCGGAAAGAUCCCGAGAACUUGAACCAUGUGGCUGACAUGGUGAGGAAGCAGCAAAGAGCACCGAUCAAUGACUUUGAGAUCUCGUACGAGAACGAGUCCAAGACUUGGCACGUGACUGGGUCCGGGUUACAACGAUUUGUUCAGAUGACGAAUUGGCGAUACAUGGAUUCUGAAAGGAGAUUUCAGCAUGUCCUGGAGGCCUGCGGAGUAAAUAAGGCGCUGUUGAAGAGGGGCGUCAAGGAAGGAGACACAGUGAUCGUCGGAGAGGUUUGUACAGGCUACCCGGCCACUCAUCCCAUUUUCCAACUCAGGUCCAUCGAACUUGAAGAAGCGCUUUGUGGAGUCGGCCAGAUGGCCUCAAUGGACUUGAACCAUAUCCUUUUCGCGGCGACGUUGCUGUUUGCUAGUACCGUCUACCAGCAAUGUGACUCUCCAAGGCAAUGCAGGCGGCAGCAGCAGCAGCAGCAGCUUGAAGUUCAUAUUUGCAGGAAGCACCGAAAGCUAACUACUCCGAUAAAGGAGAGUACUGGAGAUGAAAUGGGUUGUUGUGAUUGUAUAAUUUAAUUAUCUAUCAUCUCUUUGUUAUGCCGGGAACUUCAGAUUUGUUGUAGAGUAUGGUAAAAAAUCCUAUCAAUAAAAACAGUUAAUGCAGUAUUCUUAUCUUCAUAAACUACCAGACAUUAGAAAAUCAACCAAAGUUAAUAAGAGGAAUUAAUA